AUGUCCGGCGAAGCGGAACCUCGUCGAUCGGUACGCGCCACAAAAGGUCAGCAUACCAAAUCAUUCGACGAACUUGAACCUGCGGCCGUGCCCAAAAAGCGACAGACUAAGAAGACCAAGAAAGCCAAGGAGCAAGAACAAGAACAGGAACAGGAACAGCAGCAAGAGCAAGAGGAAGAAGAGGAAGACGAACUGAUCCGCUGUGUAUGCGGCGCCACCGAACAAGAUGAAGAUUCCGGUGAAGCCUGGAUCGCUUGCGAAACCUGCGGCGCAUGGCAGCACAACGUUUGUGUUGGGGUAAGCUCAUUCGAUGAUGAGAUCCCUGAGCAUUACUGGUGUGAGCAAUGCAGGCCAGACGAUCACAAGGAGCUCCUCGAUGGCAUAGCUAAGGGAGAGAAACCUUGGGAAGCUCGGCGCAAAGCACAUGAGGAGGAGUCCAAGAAGAAGAAGCGUGGCGGACGAAAAGGCAAAGGCAAGCGUCACAGCGAGACCAAGGAGGAAGAUAAGACCAAAGCCAAGUCUUCCCCUGUGCCUGUUCCGGACGCAACCAAAGAUAAGAAAGAAACAAAAACAGGGAAGCGAAAAGCCCGCGAAGAGUCCCAUGACGCCGAUGGCAAGUCUGCCAAGGUUCGUCGUAUAUCAGAGAACGGUGCAACUCCUGUUCCUGUCUCCUAUACACCACCUGAUGACCUCGCCAAGUCGAUACCAGAUCUGCCCGGUCCUCGGACUGGCCCCGCUAAAGCUAUGAGCAAGUCCAUCGGCCAUGUUUUGACAUUGAUGCAGAAGCAGGGCGAACUGGACCUGGAAGAGGGCAGCACGGUUGAGUCUAUGACCGAGACUUUCUCGCUCCAGAUUGAGCGCGCUGUUUAUGAUUCUUACCCUGUGACCAAGGGACAGAAAGAAUACAACCAGCAAAUCAAGUCACUGACUUUCAACCUGAAGAACAAUCCGGAGUUGUGUCAUGGACUUGUCCAUAAGACUCUAUCCCCCGCAGCUCUGGCUACUAUGACAUCAGAGCAGCUUGCCUCGUCGGAAAUGAAGAAGCAGACUGCCGAGAUGAAAGCCAAGGCUGAGAAACAGUCCAUCCUCUAUACUUCUGAGACAGGGCCUCGCGUUCGACGAACACAUAAGGGCGAAGAGGUCGUUGACGACGAAACAUUUGUCAACGACUCUGCUGUGCCCCUCCCACCAGGACCCCCUCAUCGACCAGAGCCUCAGGCCGUUAAGAAGGAACCUACAGGAGGCGACAAGGCGGACCUGGCUUCACACCCACAGCGGCAGGACGAUGAGCAGCGAUCGCCAAGUCAUCCCGAAUUCGACAUCAAUGAAGUGUUCUCCAGCGUCAAGUCUCCCACUACAACUCAGAAUAGGCGGCCUUCGGCUCUGGUAACCGGAGCCAAUGGACCGGGCGUGGAUCCCGAUGUAGAUCGCAUGCUCCAAGAUGAGAACGAGUCACCUCCUUAUUCGCCCACUGAGGAGACUCAGGACCCCGAUGUCAUCUGGCAGGGCUCUCUUGCUAUGAGCUCGAUUGCUGACUUCCCAGCCACAGCCAAAUAUAUUGGUGGUGCCAACUUUGCUUCAGUUGGACCGUGGUCUAAGUUGAUUCCUAAGAGGAUGACGGUGGCUGGACGAAUCCCUGAACAAAGUGCUAUCGAGUACUUAUGUAGUCUUCGUUACAGUAAAAGCACCGAUGUCAUUGUCGUUUCAGUUUCACCGUUCUCGCCUUUUUCUCAUACUGAGUUUCACAAUCUUCUUAACUACUUCAUCAGCAAGAAGCGGUACGGCGUAAUUGGAGAUAAGACAAUCGGUAAUGUACGAGAUACAUAUCUGGUACCAGUUCCUGCAGGGGAAGACAACUAUCCCGAGUUUAUGCUCAACCUGGUCGAUAAUAAGAUCCCCAAGGUUCGAACGGAACCAAUGUUGCUUGCGGUGUUCGUUUAUCAUAACGAGCCUGACCAGCUCAAACAUGUGAAGGAUGGUACAGCCAAUCAACAAGAUGCCAAAGCCCUGGGUACACCAGUGCCUGCAGCGCAUGCUCAGAGAAGCAACUCAACAGCGUCCGCGGGCCCGGCAUUUUCUCCCGCAACCCCCCAGGCCCCUCAGGGAGGGUUUCAAGGAGGCUUCCCUCAGCAAUCAUCACCGGGCCAAUGGCAAUCUACAACUCCUGUGCCAAUUCCCCAGCCACCGUACACUCGGCCACCAGUGCCACCACAAGCUCCAACACCGGCACCUGCGGCUGCGCCAGCACAGAUGUCAGAAGCACAAAGGCACCAGGCUCAGCAGGCGGGCGUGGCCAUGGCACACGAGCUCCUGGGACAGUGGAUAACAUCCCCAACCGUGCAGUUCAUCUUGCCUCAAGCGUACCAGAUGGCCCGCACGGAGUGGGAAGUCGUAAGGAGGAUUCUGGAGCGUGACCCGAAAGCUCGAGACGACCUGCAGCAUCUUGGUAAUCUUCUGGAGAAGGAGAGCGCCACAGAAAAGACAGGAGGAGCUGCUGCAUGA